GUUGCAGAAGGCCAGGGGAGGGGCUAGGAUGUAUGGAAGCCAUGAUGCAGCAGCGUGCAGAGGGAGAGGGCCCCCUGGCCGGGGCUUUGUGUGCCGGGGUGGAGGCUGUGGUAGCAGGGACCUUCAGUGACUGUGUCUGGGUGUGAGGGUGAGACAGCUCUAGGCACCCCUGUGCUCAUUCAGCCACGCUGCCGCCGCUUUCUAUCAGAUGCUCCAAGUGCCUUAGACUGUCAGCAGACAGUGGUUGUAGGGUUAACUACUGACUUGGGGCGGGGGAGGGAAGGGGAGGCAUCGUGGGCGGUGCGCGCUCCAGGGACGCGUGCGCGCGCCCAGCAUUCCGUGCGAGCCAAAGGAAGGCAGAGGGACCGCGGAGCCAAGAGCACGCCCGUGCCGAGCCAGCGAGCGAGCGAGCGCUGGUGGAACCCGCAUAGAGGGAGCCGCAGAUUGAUCCCGCAAGAUGAAUACCCUGCUGUCCCGGGCCAACUCGCUGUUCGCCUUCACGCUGAGCGUCAUGGCGGCGCUUACCUUGGGCUGCAUCCUCACCACCGCCUUCAAAGACAGGAGCGCGCCCGUGCGCCUGCACGUCUCCAGGAUCCUGCUCAAAAAAGUGGAAGACUUCACUGGACCCAGGAAAAAGAGCGACCUGGGCUUCAUCACAUUCCACAUCUCCGCGGAUCUGGAGAAGACUUUCGACUGGAACGUCAAGCAGCUCUUCCUUUAUCUGUCGGCAGAAUAUUCCACCAAGAGCAACGCCGUGAACCAGGUGGUCCUCUGGGACAAGAUCCUUCUGCGAGGCGAGAACCCCAAGCUGAACCUGAAAGACGUCAAAAGCAAGUAUUUUUUCUUUGACGACGGGCACGGCCUCAAGGGAAACAGGAAUGUCACUUUGACGCUCUCCUGGCAAGUUAUACCGAUUGCUGGGAUCCUGCCUCUUGUGACUGGGUCUGGACGCGUGUCUGUCCCGUUUCCAGACUCGUAUGAAAUAGCCACGACUUUUUGAAGAAUUCUCUCUGCAUCGGAAAAGGGACAUCUGUGUACCUAAGGAAUCGUAUUUCUUUCAGCUUUUCCCUCAAGUCUUGGUGACUUCUCUUUUGUUUAUUUUAAAACGUGCUGGUUUUGUUCUGGGACUGGCUGAACUCUUCCUCGUGCUUCUCUGUGCCUAACAUAGAGACUGCAUUCAUUGAUCUUACUGUGGCAUUGGUUAUUACUCUUCCUCUGUAUAAGAAUUAACAUCAAAUUGUAUAGUUGGAGGGAAAGGCUAAUAGAGUUCUGGAACUUUAUUCUACAAACGAAACAACAAAAGAAGCUCACCAGAGUAGGUUAUUAUUAGACAGUUGGAUAAUGAGGACUGAAAAUAAUACACAGUUUUGUCAUAUUCCCUCCGUUAUUCCAUGUGAUAUACAAAAUUUGUUUGUGGAGAUUUUAAAAAUCAGGUGUGUUGGUAUUGUCAUAAUAACUGUAUUUUCUUCCUGACAUUCCUUGUAGGUUCACAUUGAAUGCCAUUUUCUUAUAUCUUCUAGGGUGUGUUUGAUUACAAGAAAAAUUGUGAUUUGUCUGACAUGCAAAAUAGUUAAACAUGAAUUAGAAUGAGAAUGUAUUCCCAUCUCAGAAAUCUUCCUGCUUUCCUUCCUUGCUAACAAACGUGACCAUUUAGUGAAUGUCUCUUGAGGCUGUAAAUGAUUAUACCUCACUUCAAGUCUCUUAAGUAAAUCAAAUGUGUGUCUUACAGUUGUUUCUCUACAAAGAGAAACUGUUACUCGUACUGUUACUGAAGAUUGAAAAUGUUUGCAUGCUUAACAUGAGAUGCGUAUGUUCUAGUAUGUUUAAUGCCCUUAAAUAAAUACUAACUGCUUAAAACUC